ACACUGGAUGCAGUGCUCUUGUUAGCUGGACUAUUCAAAGAAUAGGGAGACCCGAGAGCUACCACAAAAUGCUUGGACAUACCAAUAGAUUAACAGCAUCAACUAAAAUGACAAGAAUAUACAUGUUCCUACCUGUUUAGAUGAUCUUUGCAGAGUUUUGUAGAGUGACUAAAGAAGUGGAUAGUGAAUUAGACAGCUUGUGUUGAAAGAAUGGAUAACAACAAUUCUGCACCUUCAGGGAUGUCACGAUCAGGGUUCAGUGUGGAUCCUAGGUUUAUUAACCUACGUCCAAUAGGCCAUGGUGGUAAUGCUGUUGUUUAUUCAGCCACUGACAGUGACUGUGACAAGGAAGUAGCCAUUAAGAAACUGAGUUUCUCCGAUCGUAGGGGAUGUAAAUACGCAUUGAGGGAGUUACGCUUGAUGCGAAGACUUCAGCAUGAAAAUGUUGUGACAGUUUAUGAAGUCCUAGGAUCAAAUGGUUUCAGUCUCGAAAGAGGUGGACAUAUAAAUAUGAAUGAAACCAGCAGUGUGUACAUUGUUCAAGAAUUGCUUCAUACAGAUCUCUAUCAGCUUGUACAGCAAGAACAACUUACACAAGAACAUGUACGUCUCUUCACAUACCAGCUGUUGCGAGGGUUGAAGUACAUUCAUUCUGCCAAUGUAUUGCACAGGGAUCUUAAGCCAAUGAAUUUACUGAUCAAUGUUGAAGACCUUGUCCUUAAAAUAGCAGAUUUUGGUCUUGCAAGGGUUCUGGAUGAUGAUUAUUCUCACAAGGGUUUUUUGACAGAUAAUGUAGGUACAUGUUGGUAUAGAUCACCUGAACUUAUCAUCUCUCCCAGAGACUACACUAAAGCUAUAGAUAUAUGGAGUGUAGGAUGUAUUCUAGCUGAAAUGUUGACUGGUAGACCACUCUUUCCAGGUGCCCAUGAGAUGGACCAGAUAGGUUUGAUCCUUGACACUGUAUGUUUGAGUGACAAUGAAUGGAACAUAGUAACCCAGAUAUUACCACAGAGUUUUAUCCGGAGACACAGUCGCGUACCAGAGAAACCAUUAGCUGACAAAUUUACUAGUGUAGAUAUAGAUGCAUUAGAUUUACUGGAGAAAUUGUUGGUGUUUGAACCUUCAUUGCGACUGUCAGCAGAGGAAGCUCUCGCCCAUCCAUACCUGCAACAGUUCAGCUGUAUCGAGGAUGAGCCUAUAGUACUGACACCAUUUCAUAUUGAACAUGAGGUAGAUGACCUUUCACCUAAGUCUGCAAGACGUGUAAUAACAAGUGAAAUGUCCAAAUCUAUUGAUUCAUGCGGCACUAGAAUACAAAUAUCUUCCAUUACUGCUGAUAUCCUUCAAGAGCCAGCAAUAACAGAUCCUGGCAGUCUGCCAAAAUGUGGUGACAUUACAUUAUCAUUGUCAAAUGAAAAUAUUCAUUCUGAUCAUGACGUAAAUGAGGCUGAUGCUGAAAGGGAUAAGCCUGAAGAUGGAAGUAAAAAUGAUACAGAGAAAGAGAAUCAAAACUCUUUGUCUACUGGCCUGCUAAUAGAAGAUUGCAUCUCCAACAGCAUUGAUAAUAGAAAUACUGCUUUGUCCUCAGCCAGGUCAUUAGCCAAUGGCAGCCCAAGGAAUAGAGAAUAUGUACAAAUUGAUGAACCUUUGCUUAAUACUGCUGGAAGAGGUAACAUUGAUUUCAUAUCAUCUCAUUUCAACCAGGCAUCACAGCUAGAAAAUCAGGUAAAAAAUCUCAGAAUAGUUGUAGAUAUACCAGAUGAAGAAAAUCUUAAAGAACAGAUCUCCCCAAAAGAGAAUAAAGACUCUGGUACUGAAAAGUCAAAAGAGGCUAAAGAAUUAGAAAAUGCCAAUGCUGAUAAACUAGUGGUUAAAGUAGGUAGCCAAAUAACAAAUGCAAAGCAGUCAGUGCCAAAAGAUAAAGACAUAGUAAACAAUGAAAGACGGUCAGAACCACCAAGAGCUAGUGCUGAUACUGACUUCAUUGACUUUAUCAGACAAGAAAAAGAAAGAAUGAGGCAAUUCAAAAAUGUAAGAAGAGACAAGAAAAAGAAGAAAAAUAGAAGAAAUAAUCGAAGCAAUAGUAAUGAAGAAGGACAGGACUUUGAUACACUUUACAGACUUCCAACUGAGCAUUUAACAAGGCACAGAAAUAGCAUUUGUGGAAGGACAGAGGGGUGAACUGUGGAGGAACAACUGCGUUUACAUGAAGAAUUAAAUGAGAAACGUAAAAUGGCAGAAAUGGACAAGGAACAUAAUGUUGGAGCAGUGGGAGGGUAUUUUGAGAUGGAAGAGAAUCUGAUUCAUGAACAUGGUAAUGUAAGCCCUGUCUCGGAGCAUUCCAGAGACAGCAGCCCUACUAAUGAGGAUGUAAAUGUUCAACGUAGAUUCGAAAGAUAAUUUGACUUGAUUUGGAUACCUUGUUUUUCUUAAUUUUCUUAUUUUUGGUACUAAUAAUGUGUAUAUCACUAUAUAUGGUCAGGAUUUUGUUGUCAGAGCUUCAUACAAUGAUGUGAAAAUAAAACCUACCAUUCGAUCAUGCCAAAAUAAGAGAGGAGAUUUGGAAAAUAUUCCUCUGUCAUUAUUUUGUUAAAUUUUAAUUUUAGAUCAGGGAUAAUUUGUUUUUCUGCUAAUUUUAGAAAUUCUAUUUAGAUGUCAAUGAGUAAUGUAUGGCUAAAGUAAAAUGUGAUUUCAUUUUUGUUGAAUGUAGCUUGACCAUCCUACUGGCCUUUGAGUCAGACUAUCUCUUUGGUUAAAUUUUAUUUGA